UUUGCGUUUUUGUUUAACAUGUUGACUUUGGAAUCUAACAGCUUAAUCUUUCAAUUUUGACAGUGUUGACGAGAAUUGAGCUGUCACCUGAGCACCAUGAAUCUCCAUACUAUCAUGUCCUUGAACCAAAUGGAUAAUCUGAAGAAAGUGAUGCAAACCCAUUACUCUGUUCCCUCCCGGGUACCUAAUUUCUUGGGUGCUGAAUCAGUUGGUGAAUACUCAUUGUAUGGAAAAGAGUCACCUGCAGGUAUUCCUCCAUGUAUACAAAGAGAACAAGUCCUCAAUUCCCUUGCACAACUGAGUCUGUUUAAACACCAUAUUUUGAAUACAAGCCCUGUGUCCCACAAACCUUUCCCUAUGGGAUCUUAUGUCAUGAAUCCACAUGCCAUGUCUACUCAGUCUUCUAUGUUCCCUGCCGCUUUAUAUUCUCCAUCUUCGACCAGCUUUGAGACCCAUCAGCACCUUGGAAAUCCACACUUUCUUCCACAAUAUCCCCCGUGCGUUUCUCCUGCUAAUUCAUCAGAAUCUCCCCUGCUUUUGGGUGACGAUGUAGCUGAUAAAUAUGACAAAGAGAAUUCAGGGGACUUGAUGAAGGACUUCUUUGGCAUCCCGGAGGAAAGUUCUGAUCAAAGCUUGCAAGGUUUGGAUGCUGAGAAGGACAGUUUGACAUUAAUGGACCUGUUGGAUCUGCGAUAUUUGUCUGAAGAGCUAGACAUACCUGUAAGCAAGAAAGGGGAAAAUCCCAGUGUUGAUGAAAUAUGCCAAGCACCAAACGUUUCAUCAAUCCCUCCCCAAAGCCACCCACACGCUUUGGUCCCGCCUAUGGAUAAUCAAGUUCCCGAGGCUGCAGCUGCCCAGAAGCAAAGAAUAAGGUGGACACCCGAGCUCCAUGAGCUUUUCUUAGAUGCAGUCAGCAAACUUGGUGGCCCUGACAAGGCAACUCCAAAGGGUAUAUUGAGGCUUAUGAAUGUUGAAGGUUUAAACAUCUGCCAUGUGAAGAGCCACUUGCAGAAAUACCGACUAGCCAAGGCUGUGCAGAUGAAACAAGACAAGAAGGCUUCCAGCUCUGAAGAAAGGAAGGUAGCUACAAAGACUGAUGAGAGGGAGACGCCUAUAGAAAGGUAAACCCGGAGCAUAAUUGGCGUCUACUCCUUUAAAAUGCUUACUUCAUGCUAAUGAUAGUUGGAUGGCAGG